AUGGCAGGCUGUGAGUUGGAGGCAAAAAGCAGCCUCAGGUACAUAUGCAAUGUCCGUGUGGGUUGGAGGCAGGAAGACAACUUUUGGCCAAAAAGAGAGGAUUAUCAGGAACAUGGCAGAACCUUUAUGGUGGGGAUAGGCAUACCGGCAAAUGCGGCAGCGAUUGCUCUAUGUUCAUGUUCAAAUCCAAGAGAAUUGAAAGACAUAAAAAUACCAUCCUGA